CCAGAGCAAGUGGGAACAGAACGCACACUGGGCGGCUUGAAAGGGACCGGAGGCUCCGGGACUGCUCCGAGACACAGCAGCGGCGGCGGAGGAGGAGGACGCGGAGGACUCCCCGGCCACCCGCCCUCGGUGGAUUCUGCAUCGCGGCCCUGAGGAGGGACCCCGAUCUGCGGCCGCGCUCACCAGGCGCCUCUCGUCACCGCCGCAACCCAGAGGCUCCUGGAGCUUGCCCAAGCUGGGGAUCCGAGCUGAGGCCGGCCGAUUUCUGGCGACUACAAGAAACAGAGAAAACCUGAGGGUCGCGGGCGCGGAGCCGUGUAGCGCGGAGUCCUGGAGUCAGCCGCCCCGCGGAAACGGUAGCUGAGCGCGAAGGCGAGUGAAUGGACGCGUCGCGGAGUCUCUGCGCGUCCAACUGACCCGAAGGCACCGACUCUGGGUCAGUUGCGCGCAGCAGGGCGGGAGGGGCGCGCCAUGGAGGCUCCCGCGAGCGCGGACCCGCGCAAGGAGAAGUGAGGCUGUCCGGCCGGGGUCGUACCCACGGGCCAUGUACGGCGACGUGUUCAACACAACGGGCGGCCCCGAGGCGGCGGUAGGCGGCGCGCUGGCCCCGGGAGCCACGGUCAAGGCAGAGGGCGCUUUGCCGCUAGAGCUGGCCACGGCGCGCGGUAUGCGGGACGGCGCGGCCACAAAGCCCGACCUACCUACCUACCUGCUGCUCUUCUUCCUGCUGCUGCUCUCCGUGGCGCUCGUAGUCCUCUUCAUCGGCUGCCAGCUGCGCCACUCGGCCUUCGCUGCGCUGCCCCACGACCGCUCUCUGCGCGACGCCCGUUCGCCCUGGAAGACUCGGCCGGUGUAGCGGCGGACUGAGCCGGGGCCGGCGGGCACCCUCUCCGGGCCUCGCCAAGACCAGCCGGUAUGAGCCGAGCAGAGUGGGCCUGACGCUGGGGGGCGCUGGUCCCUGGGAAACUGCACCCUGACCUUUCCGACCUAGAGCUGCAACCCGGGCCCAAGAGGAGGCGGAAGCUUUAGGAGGCUGCGAGGGCCGCGAUCCCAGUCCGCGGGGAGACCAAGGUUCUGAUGCCCUUGUCGAGUCUUUAUUCCCCUGGACAGCGGUCCAGCCGGGGGGCCUUCCUGGGAGGUUUCCUCGCCGCCUGCUGCCUUUCUUACUUUAUAAGCUGUAGGGGGAGGUCCGGCCAGCGCACAACUUGCCGGGAGCUGCCUGUCUACUCUCUGGCUCAGUGGGCCGUCUCCCAGCAGCUGCUACCGCCUCUCAUUCCCUGACACCGAAGAUCCCACUAAGUUCUGGGCGUACUCAGCCGGACUUUGGAACGAUAGCCCUCGGGGUCCGGGUCUCCCCAGGGAAGUGACGGAACACGGGGUUACAGUGGGUGCUACCCGGGUCCAAAGAUCCAGUUCCCUCUGCGGGUACGGGUGGGGCGGGGGCAGU